GGACGUAGAGACAUACCUUCAAUAUGGAGACAUUCGCACCAGCUGGCAACUGAACCAAACUUUUUGUAAUGUCAUCACUGAUAUUUGUGCAGUUCCUUCUCUUGGGGUUAAGGGUCACUGACACCACCACAGACACAUGGAGACACUGUACAGAUUUUCUCCCUCUGGAUCUCCUGUCCUUUGUCCUCGAGAGGGACACCUCCAAACUCGUGCCAGGGGUGCACAUGAAGCAGGCUGGAGGGGUGAGGGGUGUACACUUCUCAAGCCCUCACACCUCCAUGAGCUUCCCCUCCUCCCAGCUGCUGGCGAACUGCGACCUCUUCCCCAAAGAAUUCUCCAUUGUUGCCACAGUAAAAGUCACUCACAGCACAGCCAAGAGAAAUGAAUACAUCUUUUCCUUGAUGGAGCCAAAAAAAGUAGAGAAAAGAGGGGCGGAGGAGAAGGAAGUGGAGAGCAAUAAAGGGAACCUUCCAGAAAGGAAUGAAGAUAUGCAGCAACAUGGAGUGAGGGAGAAGGAGAGGCGGCUGAGGAGUAAUGAGGGACGUGGACGGAUCAUCAUGGGACUGAGGUUCUCCAGAAAACGUCUGCACUUCCUCUACAGAGGUCCCGGAGGGCUCGUGGAGCACUCGGGUUUUCGAGGCACCCGCCUGGCUGAUAACCAGUGGCACACCCUGGUUUUUGUCAUUGGUGGUCAUCACGCCAGGCUCACAGUGGACUGCAGCCCACCGCUGGAAAUCGUUCUCUCCAGGCCUUUCCCCUCAGACCUCAACAUUCAGGGAUCGAGAUUCCACAUUGGCAGUCGGGGGAGAUGGAAAGGCUUGUAUUCAGGUCUGUUGCGACAGCUGGUUUUGGUGCCAGGUUCGGAUGCCACCCACCACAUCUGCCCCUCUUCCGAACCCCAGCUAGCAGCUCUGUCAGUACCGCCGCUUCUCUCAGACCUGCCUGCCACGGGGAGGGAAGAUGACGGCCAUGUAUCGUCCUCUGAUCAUGAACCAUCAGGAGCAGAGCGGCGGGUGUUGGUGGGGUUGGAGCGGUCGUGCUCAGAGCCGCUACAGGGCCAGCUGUGGUUCAACCCGCUGAGGAAAGGCCUCUACCUAUGCGAUGGUACUGUGUGGAUCGCUGUGUUAGAGGAUCAUAAACGACUAGACUAUGUGUUGGAACAACAGGUCCUCACCACCAGCUCAGAGACACAUGAUGUAGAGGUGUUCCAGGUACCUGGCAUGGGUCUGAUGGCUGCUAUGGCUCAUCAGUCUCCAACCUCUGGCUCUGCUGUGUAUCUGUGGACCCAAACAGGUUUCCAGCUCUACCAGAAUAUCAGCACAUAUGGAGCUCUGGCUUGGAGACACUUCAGCAUGGGCGAGAAGGUAUUUCUGGUGGUGUCUAACUCCGGCAGAGGGCCAGACAAGCAUUUUAACAAAGAAUCAGAGGCGGACUUCUCUGUGAUUUACAAGUGGAGCAAAAAAAGAAAACGAUUUGUGCGGUUCCAGACUCUGCAGACACACUGUGCCCGGGACUGGGAAGCCUUUAACAUCAAUCGACAGACGUAUCUCGCUGUGGCCAAUCAUAGACGAGGUAAUAAUAAUCACACCAUAGACAGUGUGAUAUACAAGUGGAACAGGCUAACAAAGUCUUUUGAGGUUCACCAGAUGCUGCUGACCUCAGGGGCCUACGACUGGGAGUUCUUCACAGUUGGACCGUACCAUUUCCUGGUGGUUGCAAAUGCCUUUGAUGGAGUGACCACCUCUGUGGACUCAGUCAUCUACGUUUGGGUCAAUGGAAGCUUCCAGGUGUUCCAGACAAUUAAAACGUUCUGUGCCACAGACUGGGAGAUGUUUCAGAUCGGCAGCAGAGUCUUCUUAGUUGUUGCCAAUGGAAACAGACUCCAUGCUAACGGACCGAGCCGAUAUGCCAUCAACUCCACUAUCUACGAACUGGACAUGAACGGACAGCUGUUUGUCCGCUUCCAGGAUAUUGUCACCUAUAGUGCAGUGGACUGGGAGUUCUUCAGCCUCGGGGCGGAAUAUUUUCUGGUUGUCGCUAACUCCUUUAACGGAGAAUCCUACUCUCUCAACAGCAUUCUGUACAGGUGGCAGGGAUAUGAAGGCUUUGUUCCGGUUCACUGGCUUCCAACGAUUGGGUGCAGUGACUGGGAGUUUUUCAGUGCUAAAGGAGAAUCAUAUCUGAUCUACUCCAGUGCCAAAGCACCGCUCUCCAAAGUGUUCAAGCUGAAAACCUACUGAGCAAAAAAAAAAAAGUGUGUACAUGUGGUUUUGUGUACUAUAUUUAUUUGUGUUGUACAUGCUUCUUUUUUGUAAUUUGUCUGUAUGUUCCUGUGUGAGGAAAUUUUUUGCAAUAAUGUUUGAAAUGUGUCUUCAUAAUACUGUGUCUGUUUGCAAUUUACAUUCAGUCAGGACCGUAGCAACCAUUAAGGUCAUCAUAUGGUCAUGACCUUAGUAUUCUUUCUAGAAAUUUGGGGGUUUUAACAACCUGAGGAGGAUUUUCCAUUCUCCUAUUACACAUAAACUGCAUAUGGUGGGUUUUGAAGAACGAUUUUGCUAUUUUUGUGAGUAAAUGUCUUCAGAUUAGGGGGGGUAUAAUGACCAGCCCUGCACACAGUUACCUUGCAGCAUUGAUGGCCAGGGCUUGGUCAACAACUGAUGCACCUCAACCUACUACAAAUAUCUUGUCUGU